CACCCUGAGGGUGCGACUCCGCCGUGAUGGUGACCCGGUUCCUGGGCCCACGCUACUGGGAGCUGGUCAAGAACUGGAUCCCGACAGCCUACACAUGGAGCGCUGUGGGCGCCGUGGGGCUGGUGUGGGCCACCGAUUGGUGGCUGAUCCUGGACUGGGUACCUUACAUCAAUGGCAAGUUUAAGAAGGAUAAUUAAUUUCACAAACCCUUCACAGACCCCUCUGGUGCCUGGUGGUGCCAGCUCCUCCCAUCUCAGCGCCUGCUGCAUCUGGAGCAGCCCAAGCCUCAGGAUGGACGAGAGGAAAUCCACAGCUCAACUUCAGACUUC